UCCACUGAGUUCACACGGCAGGACCGUGACCCCACAGCGCCGCGGACUGAGCUACUGGAGCCCGGCGCGGAGGUAUACCUCUGAGAGCCGUUCCAGGACACCUAUUAAUUAGAACACCUGGACUUCAGAGGAGAGGAAGCGCAGUUUCCUAUGCAGCCACUUUUUAUCCCCCCCCCCUUUUCCUUGUAGAAACCUACAGUAGGAUAGUUAUUGGAGUUGACAAGCCCGCUUCACUACUGUAGCUACCCCUGCUCCUCCUCCUCUCUUCCUCCUCCUCCUCCUCCUCCUCUCCCGCUCCACAGAACCAGGAAAUCACCGAGGUGUGCUUCUUUAUCCCGCUGCUUGCUACCCCGUCUGCGGGUGUAGAUGCGCUGUUCCCCCCCACCUUCUCCUCUUCUUUUUGCUCUGUCCAGUUUUUAUUUCAUCUCUGCGGCCGCUGGAGUCAGCCUGAAGUUGCCUUCGAGGAGAGGAGCCGCACUCUGGCUGAACAAUGAGCGAGUCGAGUAUUUGCCAGGCUCGGGCCACUGUGAUGAUCUAUGAUGAUGGCAGUAAAAAGUGGCUCCCUGCAGGCACUGGAGCCCAAGCCUUCAGCAGAGUCCAGAUCUAUCACAACCCCACUACCAACGCCUUCCGGAUAGUCGGACGCAAAAUGCAGACGGACCAGCAGGUGGUUAUAAACUGUCCAAUCGUAAGAGGGCUCAAAUACAACCAAGCCACACCCAAUUUUCAUCAGUGGCGAGAUGCCAGACAAGUGUGGGGGCUCAACUUUGGCAGCAAAGAAGAUGCUAACCUAUUUGCCAAUGGCAUGGCUCAUGCUCUGGAGGUCCUCAACUCAAUGGCAGACGCAGGUUAUGCAACCCUCCCCCGCCCAGUGUCAAAUGGACCUUCUCCCGAAGAGCUCGAACAGCAGCGAAGGUUGGAGCAGCAGAGGAUUGAACAGCAGGAACGAGAGCGACUGGAGAGAGAGCGACAGGAAAGAGAACGACAAGCUGCUGCAGCCCAUGUCCCUGCAGCUCCACCAAUGGCUCCUGGAGGUCCAGCUCCUCCCCCUGCUCCUCCGCCACCCCCUGGGCCUCCCCCUGCUGCAGGCAUCCCUCCUCCUCCAGGACCACCUCCUACAGGACCACCAGCACCACCAGCACCACCACUGCCUGCUGCAGGUGGAGGUGGAGAUGAUGGUGGCGGCGGUGGUUUAGGGGGGGCUGGAGGCUUGGCAGCUGCCCUUGCAGGCGCUAAACUCCGCAAGGUGUCCAAGCAGGAGGAUGGUGGUUCUGCAGCUCCAUCAGCCAGAGCAGAGCCUAACCGCAGCAGCAAUUCCUCCAUAGGGGGAGGAGGUGGGGGAGGAGGAGGGGGUUUGAUGGGAGAAAUGAGCGCCAUUCUGGCCCGCAGGAGAAAAGCUGCAGAUACAGGAGAGAAGCCACCUCCAAAGACACAAGAUAAUGAUGAGUCAGAACCUCAAGGUCAAAGUGAUACACUGAGAAGACCUUGGGAGAAAGCCUCCAUGACUAGGAAUAACUCCAUCCCCAAGAGCAUGGAAACCACUUCCCCAUUGUCUCAACCUCCAAGGACUAAGAGUGCAAGCAAUAAUAAUGAUGCAGGUGGAGCUGAUGAUUCUGAUUUAGAGAAACUUAAACAGGAGAUCUUGGAGGAGGUGCGGAAAGAAUUACAAAAAGUCAAGGAGGAAAUUAUUGGCGCCUUUGUUCAGGAACUUCAAAAGAGAAGCACAUAGUUCUGCUGAGUUGUCAGGUUUAACAGAGGGGUGUGAUGCACAGUGGAGGCCAAAUUGCAUCUUCCACCAACCUCUCUCCCAUAGCCCAGGGAUUUAUCCUACACAUUUUCUCUUUUUCUCUAUAAAUCUUAAACACAAGAAAGCAUUCUUGCCUAUUUGUACAACAGCCAUAUUCAUUUCCUGUCAAAUAUAACCCAGGGACUUCCACACGCCACAACCCAGCUCUUGGAACGAUGCUACUUGUGUCCACUCCCACAUGCUGUCAGAUCCAUUAUUACUGAUAAGGCACUCUUCAGUAUUCAGGGAAAGUUUUAAUUUAAUUUGUCUUUACUAGUGGAUCCUUUUUUUUUUUCAAAGUAGUUAAAGUUGAAUUGGCAAAAUUUGAAGACUGAUCUGGGAAAUCAAACUCUUUCAUCUCCUCCAAGACAUUGAACUUCCAGGAAGGACACAACUCCGAAGCCUUCCCUGCUGCAACAAAGAGAUGCUAAAAGGAAGAGGAGGCGUGCAAAAGGGAAUCUAUUGGACGAGUUAUGUGCGAGGAGUAUGUUGUAGUUUUAUCCUUUGUGAGAACUUUAUUUUUCUUUGCAUUGCACUUGUUCCUGAGGUGUGUCUGUGCACCACACUGCCUUGAUGGAAUAUUCUUUCUCACUCAAAAAGGAUACGCUGUCUGUCGGCCAUCGCAAUGGUUCUACUGUAUACUGUGCUUCCACCAGUUGUUUUUCUUUCAUUAUGAAGAUGUUUUUUUUUUUUGAAACAUGAAAAAUGGCCAUAAUGAUGUCAAUGAAUUUCGCCGUGACCAACUGCCUUGAGAAUAAAUCUAUAAAUAUAUAUAUCUAUAUAUAAGGAAAUAUAUAUAUUUGUUUUGAGGGGGAAUGUUAGAAAAAUGAAAUGGUGUUUCUAUUUUAAUUAAUGACUGGUGAGUGGGGAUUUCUUUUUCCUUUUUCAAAUUUUUUCAUAUGAAUUAUUUUUGGGGUUUUUCUUCUUUUUUUUCUCAUAGCUUUUUACACUGAAAUAUAAAGAAAACAGCUUUGAGACACUGGACAAGAAAUUCCUUUAUAGUCAAAUACAGCUGCUUCUUAAAAUGCA